AGCUCUGUGAGGCUCUACGCAGACAUGGCACGCGACACUGUGGUGGGAGUGAUUUAUAAGUUAUUACUGCCUUUGCUUUUGUUAGCUGCCAUCUGCUUCCGAUAUAAUGGUCUCUCUGUGGUGUACCUCCUCUUCCUCCUCUUCCUCCCCUUGCUACCAGACCCGACAGCGAUAUCGUUGAAUGGUAAAACAGGCUCCUUCCUGGUGGCUGUUUGCUGCACAAGCAUCACCUUCUUGGCCCUGCAGUGUGGACUGCAAAUCACAUUCGCUUAUAUUCCCGAGCACGUUAGCGGUUUUUGGGAGCUUGUUUUUUACCACUUUGGAAUUGUCAGAUUCAGCAAUGUGAGUUUAGGAAACAUUGUUCGUCUCUUGGCUCCUGACACAGGACUCUUCCUAUCUGCACUGUUUAUCUAUCGGCUGUGUAGGAAGUUGCUUGAGUCCCAGGGCCGUGUGACCGGCCAUGAGAACUGCAUCGUGUCCUCCAGCAGUGAGCUUCACAGGUCGCAUCUGGAGGAGUUUGACACAGAGUCAGAGGAUGAAAACAGUGAAAUGACAGACAGGUCAUCCUUGGACAGUUCGGAGAGGGGCGGAAGGACCCCGGGUGUCCCGCCUCGCUUGCUCCAGAAGCUGAUUCUGUUUGCUGCUGGGCUCCGGCUUCUCCUGAGUACCAUUCUGAACAUGGCUGGGAAAGUAGUGAUCACAGCUCUCCUGGGGCUAGCAGGUAUUGCCUUGCCCUCCCUGACUUCAGCAGUGUACUUUGCCGUGUUCCUGGGCCUCGUGUGGCUGUGGGUCUGUUGUCGCCCCCCAAGCCUGCUCAUCUUCUGCAGUCUCUGUGUGAUGAUGGCCAUCUUCAGUGCUGGCCAUUUGCUCGCUCUCUACCUGUACCAGCUUCCCUUCUUCCAGGAGAUUGUUCCCCCACGGAACAUCUAUGCUAGGCUUUUUGGUAUGACAGCAAUCAUUCAGACAAACCACUCAGACCCACACAGCCUGCGCCUGCAACCGGAUAUCACCUGGCCUGUCUUCAUCAACCCUCUGGUCUUACUGCUGCUGUACUACACCCUUGUGACUCUGUUGAAGAACUGGGUUCCUGAGGAGGAGGAUGAUGUAGAGUGCGAUCUGCCAGAGAGACCCCUGCCUGCAAUGGUCUGGCUCUCUGGUGACCAGAAGGAGCUGCUGGCCAGCAUGGAUGAAGACAAUGAGCCCAUUGCCAUCCUAAUGAGCAAGUCAUGGUCUGACAACAAGGAACUGGAGUCUGUACUGGAGAAAGAUCCUGACUCUCACAAACCACCAGCGUACAGAGAUGUGCACACUAGUCAUGUAUCGGACGUGGAUGAGGAAGAGAGUGAUCAUGUGACAGAAAACGAGCCUAUCACAGAUACCGUUUCAGGCCCUGCUAAACCCAGUGGGUUAGCUUUGUUUGGACAUUUUAUUAUGAAUCAGAGCUACAUCAGUUCACUUAUAAUCAUGAUGGUGUGGAGCAUUACCUACAACAGCUGGCUCACCUUUGUGCUGCUGGUGUGGUCCUGUUUGAUUUGGAUCCUGCGGGACCGCCGGCACUACGCCAUGCUCUCUGCCCCCUUCCUGGCAGUCUAUGGCACGGCGCUGGUGCUGGCCGGCUACCUGAGUGGACUGCGGCUGGGUCAGGAUGAGCUCUUUCCUGGCCUGCCUGCCUCUGUGCUCCUCGACUUUGACUUGCGCCGCUAUGACACGCCCUGCAUCCACUUGGGAGCGAAGGUCCUGUACGCCUUCACCUUUUGGCUGCUGCAGCGGCAACAUCUGAUGGAGAAACGAGAGAAACACUUUGAGCAGGAUGAACCUCCUGAAGUCAAAGUGCUGCCGUCAGCUGAUGACGGCAGCUCUCUGACAAUAAUGGCUGUGCUGGGCUCGCUUAUUAGAGGCACGCUGGUGAAAUACUGGAUCGUUGUCUGCUGCUCCAUGUUUUUUGUGACCAGCUUCUCCGGAAAGGUGGUAGUCUACAAAAUCCUCUACAUCGUGCUUUUUCUCUUUUGCGUCGUCCUCUAUCAGGUGAGCUACGAUGUGUGGAGACGUGUGCUGAAGUACUUCUGGGCUGUGGUGGUAGGCUACUCCAUGGUAGUCUUAAUAGCCAUCUACACAUACCAGUUCCAGAGUGUUAGAGAGCUGCUUCGGCAGGUGAUGGGCCUCUCUGAAGAAGGCCUUCGUGACCUGGGUUUUGAGCAGUUUGAUACUGUAGAGCUGUUUGCUCGCAUCUUGCUGCCGGCAGCUUUUCUGCUGGCCUGCAUCUUGCAGCUGCAUUACUUCAACUCCGACUUCCUACGACUCACAGACCUGGAUGAUCUACCUGUCUCUUCAUCAAGUGAGGAGGACCUGAGCAACACUGUGAAAGUUAUUUUCCAAGCCUUGAAGGAGAACAUUCAGAAACUUAAGAAACGGCUCGCCAAGGAGCAGAUGAGUACUGACAGUGUUUACACCUUGGCUGAUGAAUCCUUGACAAAUUCAGGAGAAAAGACUCCCAAAGCUAAUGAGGGGAGUCAGACCAGCCAGUGGGACCUGGUAUUGGAUCGUGCCAGUGUACUGCUGCUUCAAGGCUUACUGGCAUUACGCCGGGGUCAGGAACUUUGCUGGAGGCUGCUGGAGCUGCACAGCAUGAAGAUUGUCUCCACAGGCAUCAUCUUGAUCUCACUGAAGGAGGUGUGCCUGAUGAACUUCUUGUUCAUGGUGCUCUGGGUGUUUGCCCUGCCAUUCCCACGCAUACGCCCUGUAGCCGCCAGCAUUUCCUCAGUCUGGGCCUGUGUCAUGGUUAUCUGCAAGAUGAUGUACCAGCUGAAGUUCGUGAAACCCUCCGAGUACUCCUCAAACUGCACUGCCUGGCUGACAUCUGCGAACGGGACCUGGUCCAGGUCGAACCAGGAGCGACUGCUGAAGGCGUCUCUUUUGUACGUGGGGCCAGUGGAUCCGGCAGAGUGGCUAGCAGCUCUGCAGAAGUGUGAAGACAAAAUCCUGCCUUGUCUUCAGAACCACCUGAUGGUGCUGGCUUUGCUGGUGUUUGACAUCACAGUGCAGCGACACCAACUCCACUACAGGCUAAGAAAUGACCUGAAGGUGCCUCUCACAGGCACCAUCUUCCACACCGUCACACGGCAGCACCUUGACCGAGGCGUUGGACCCUGCCUUAAGUACUUCAUCAAUUAUUUUUACUACAAGUUUGGCCUAGAGGUGUGCUGUGUGUUGGCUUUAAACGUAAUCGGUCAGCGCAUGGACUUCUUAUCCCUGCUUCACUCCUUCGCGCUCAUUGCUGUGCUGUCAAGGCGGCGCAGAAAGGCUAUUGGUGAAAUGUGGCCGAGAUACUGCUGCUUUACAGCCAGCCUCAUGGUCCUCCAGUACCUCCUCUGCAUUGGGAUCCCACCUGCACUCUGCUACGAUUAUCCAUGGAGGACUUCCAACCAGGCCUUAUCCUCCAACCUCAUCAAGUGGCUAUACCUUCCUGAUUUUGCCAUGCGGCCAAAUCCAGUCUUCAUCCUCUACGACUAUAUCCUGCUGCUAGGCUCCUCUCUCCAGUGGCAGGUGUUUGAGGAUGAGAACCGGGCGGCGGUACGGCUCAUCGCAGGGGAGAACGUAGAAAUUAGCAGGAACCUAGAUGCACAGGCUCUCAGCCAGUACAGCCCUGUGAACAACUUCUUGCAUUGCAGGUCAUAUCUGGAUAUGGUGAAGGUGUUUGUGUUCAGCUACUUCUUUUGGCUCGUGCUGAGCCUGAUUUUCAUCACCGGAACUACGCGAAUCAGCAUCUUUUGCAUGGGUUACCUGGUGGCCUGUUUCUACUUCAUGCUGUUUGGAGGCAGCUUGCUGAUGCAGCCAGUGCGCCACAUUCUGAGGCUCUGGGACUGGCUCAUUGGCUAUACGUGCAUCGUCAUCACCUUCAAGAACCUGCUGUCUUUGGGGUCCUGUGUUUACCUGGGCCGCCUGCUGCAGAAUGGCUGUUGGCUGAUUCAGACCUUCAGCAUGUUCUGCACCAUACAAGGCUAUGAUAUUCCACAGCCAAACAGCAUAUGCGAAUUACCUGAGGGUGAGGCUGGAAUUAUCUGGGAUGCCAUUUGUUUCACCUUCCUCCUGGCCCAACGUCGAGUGUUCCUCAGCUACUACUUCCUCUAUGUGGUCUCUGAUCUUAAGGCCUCCAAAAUCCUCGCCUCCAGGGGGGCUGAGCUGUUUGAAGCCAAAGUGAAGAAAAGAAUAGCAGCCAGGCUUGAGCUUGAAAAAAAGUCAGUGGAGACAUUAAAGAAACAGAUGGAGAAGAUUAAAUCUAAGCAAAGUAGCCAACCGAAUAAGCAGGAUCCCCCGGAGCAGACAGGAGCAGAACAAAAGGGCGAGAGUGAAAAGGGGGAGAAAAGCAGUGGUGAGAGAUGGUGGCAGCCGCGGGCCUCCCAUCCCUCCAUGGCAAACACUGCUACCUACGCCCUGUUUGAGUCUGAUAGUGAGGAGGAAGAGGAGGGGUCUCAGAUGAAAGAAGAAAUGACAUCACCCCCUAAAAAAAAAACUGCAUUUCAGCUUGCUUAUGAAGCAUGGACGACAAGCUCUAAAGUUGCUUUGAAGGGACACAAAACAGAGGUGUCUAGACUGAAGAAGCAGGAGAGGAGAGGAUCACAAGCGCUACAGAGACCACAAGGUAUUGAGAAAACAGAAUCGAGUGAGGAUGAACUCGAUCCAUGUGCUGAGGAAGACAUGAAGGAAGAGGAAGAAAAACUAUUACAACGAUUCAUUGACUCGGUCAGGUUGUUCUGGGUGCUUAUUUUGUCACUGCUGGAUGAUCUGGCAGAUGGGCUGAACUCUCUAUGCAAAGACAAUUUAGGCAUUUCCAGAGUGCUUCACUUUGAGAGGGCUAUUCUGGGACAGCAGCAGAAAAAGGGGAAGGAAGUGUCUCAUGAAAGUGUCAAGCAGUUUUAUCAGAGCUGGAUGUCCAGACAGAGCACGCAGGCGUCUUUGGAGGCUGAGGACCCCCAGCCUCGGCUCUCCUCACCUCCUGACCUGCCAUCCUCACUCCAUGGCUACGCAAAGUUUAAAAACUCAACCUCCAAAAUGUCCUUGGGCAGUAGCUUGUCUAGCUGCAUGACCGAGGAGACGUUGCUUGGGUCUCGCCAGGCCACCAUCGACUUGGACGAGACCCCUGAAACGCCACCAUCGGCUAAACAGCUUCGGCAUAAGCUAGUCAAGUCUGCAAAUGUUGAUCAGUCCUCAUUUGAUGCUGACGACUCUGUUCCGAGUAUUCCAGUGGAUACCUAUCAGGACAGUAUGGAAGAUAAAGAGUUAAAGAUCUAUACUGAAAAGUUAAAGGACCACUCGCAAAGAGCAAAAGUCCAAACUGAAAUGAUGAAAGACCAUAGUGAAGAGCUACAGCAAUAUAGUGAAGAGCCUGAGGUUCUAAGAGAAGAGCUGAAGGUCCAUAGAGAACACCUGCAGUCUCACAGUAAAGAGUUCCAUACUCCAGAGUUGAGAAGCCAUAGUCAUGAGGAUCACAGUGAAGAAUCGGAAGUACAUAGUGAGCCACAUAUCCAGAGUGAAGUGUCCAAGAUCUAUGACCAAGAACAUGCUGGAGAUAAGGAAUUGCCAAAGGCUGUAUCUUCAGAUGAAAUAGCAAGUGGCACAUUGCUGGCUAUGACAGAAGAAAUUCCAGAGCCCAGAGUUCUCAGCCAGGAGACAAGGGCCCUCACAGCUAGUGAGCUGCUUCUCAACAAGAUAUUCGAUAUUGAAGAGAUCAAGGAAUCUGACGAUUUCUACCACUCGUUACCAAGGCUCCUGCGGCUCAUGUUUGCCCUUUAUAACACCAUGGUGUCCAAAUCAGAGUGGUUGUGUUACUUUGUAAUUAUUCUCAAUCACAUGGUCUCUGCUUCCCUGUUAACACUAGUACUGCCCAUUUUGAUCUUCUUGUGGGCAAUGCUAUCCGUGCCACGUCCCACUAAGCGCUUCUGGAUGACGGCCAUCAUCUACACUGAGCUGACUGUGGUCAUUAAGUAUUUCUUUCAGUUCGGCUUUUUUCCCUGGACCACAUCUUCUUACCGUGGCAUCAACGCAGAUCGCCCCUUCUGUCUGCCCAACAUUAUUGGACUGGAGAAGAAGGAUGGCUAUGUCCUAUUUGAUCUUCUGCAACUUUUGGUUCUGUUUUUUCACAGAUCAAUACUUAAGUGUCAUGGCCUCUGGGACAACAAAGAAGUAGAAAUGCCUGAUUUCUUCAAGAAACUGAAACGGAAAACAGAAAAGAACCGAGCCAGCAGCGGAGAGAAACGGAGACUCCUCUUCUUGCCUGUCCAGGCAUCCACAGGCGCUCUCUUUCGACGACGGAAGGGUUGCAGCAUGGAUGAGAAUGGUGACACGGUAUCAAAGAAGAACCCCCUGAAUAAGAGUAGACAUCACUCAAAAGUACCACAGGCCAGGAUGAAGAGAAUCAAACAGAAAAUCAGGGAGAGGAUACUAGAGGCAAAAGCUGUAGUCAUAGAGACAGCUCUACAUGUAUACCUGCCUAUCAGACAAUUCUUCUAUGACAUCAUCCACCCUGAAUAUAGCCCCGUGUGUGAUGUCUACGCUCUAAUGUUCUUGAUAGACGUUGUGAACUUCAUCGUCAUCAUUUUUGGAUACUGGGCAUUUGGUAAACACACAGCCGCGGCCGACAUUACUGAGUCCCUCUCAGAGGACCAGGUUCCUGAAGCCUUCCUGGUCAUGCUGCUCAUCCAGUUUGGCACAAUGGUCGUUGACCGUGCUCUUUACCUUCGCAAGACGCUGUUGGGGAAAUGUGUCUUUCAGGUUGUCCUGGUGUUUGGGAUCCACUUCUGGAUGUUUUUCAUACUGCCCGGUGUCACAGAGAGGAGAUUCAACAGGAAUCAUGUCGCCCAGCUGUGGUACUUUGUGAAAUGCAUUUACUUUGGCCUGUCAGCCUACCAGAUCAAAUGUGGCUAUCCCAACCGUGUCCUAGGGAAUUUCUUGACCAAGAAUUACAACUACAUCAACCUCUUCCUGUUCCAGGGAUUCCGGCUAAUCCCCUUCCUGACAGAGCUGCGAGCUGUGAUGGACUGGGUUUGGACAGACACAACCCUCAGCCUGUCUAACUGGAUCUGUGUGGAAGAUAUAUAUGCCAACAUAUUUAUUCUGAAAUGCUGGAGGGAGUCUGAGAAGAAAUACCCCCAACCCCCAGGUCAAAAGAAAAAGAAAGUUGUGAAGUAUGGCAUGGGCGGGUUCAUCAUCUUUGCUCUCAUCUGCAUUGUUUGGUUCCCGCUGCUUUUCAUGUCUUUGGCAAAGUCUGUAGCCGGAGUGACCAACCAGCCCCUGGAUGUCACACUGCAGCUCAGCAUUGCUGGAUAUGAGCCACUGUUUACCAUGAGUGCCCAGGAACAGAACCUGGUACCCUUCUCCCAGUCAGCCUACCAUAAGCUAACCAACCAAUAUGCCACACAUCCUGCUGCCAUGCAGUUCAUCGUGAAGUACGUUGCUGAGGACAUUGUUGUGGCAAAAAUAAAAAGUGAUGCCAGUCUGGUGUGGGGCAUCAGUCCAGCGAGUCGCCAGGCCAUGAUUACGGAGCUCAGCCAGUCCUCCCAUGUGUACAUCACGCUGCGCUGGUCCCUCCUCAGGAACGCCUCUAUUGCAAUGAAUGCAGUAACAGCAGGGGAGCGAACUGUAAAGUAUCAAGACAAGCAAAUGAUAGAUGAAAUUGUGCAGGUUCUCAGAGGGCUCCGCUCUCAGUCUGUGAUCAUCCAAUCACUGCUGCCCAAAUACAUCAGGGGUGCCUCCGGGCCAGAAGCCAAGGUGGCCCACCGGCUAGAAACUGAGAAUCUGGAUAAUCCAGAACUCCUGCAGACAACGGCCCUCUUCCGCCCCCUAUCUGUCAAGCUUCAGCAACCAAACAACAGCUUAGAACCCCAGUGGUGGGUUAUACAAGAGUGCCAAGCAAACCAGCCACAGACCAGCUGCAGUAACAUCGAGAUAGUAAUCUUCAAUGACAAAGUGAGUCCCCCCAGUCUGGGGUUUCUGGCCGGAUAUGGGAUUGUGGGACUGUACAUGUCAGUAGUGCUGGUUAUCGGCAAGUUUGUGCGGGAGUUCUUCAAUGGAAUCUCACGGUCCAUAAUGUUCGAGGAGCUGCCCUGUGUGGACCGUGUUCUGAAACUGUGCACUGAUAUUUUUGUGGUGCGCGAGACUGGAGAGAUGGAGCUGGAAGAGCAGCUCUUUUCCAAACUCAUCUUCCUCUACCGCUCUCCUGAAACCAUGAUCAAGAUGACCCGUGAAAAAAAGGCCAAGUGAUGUAAUGAAAACACCAAGAUACCCUCCCACACAACAGUGCUUCAGAAAGGACCUGAUCAAAGGGGAAUCAUAAACUAUUGUGUUCUGACUUGUCCUAAUAUACGGACACCAAUCAGAAAGACUUACCACAGAUGAUAAAAUUAUACCAUAUGUUCCAGUCAAAAUAGCAGAAACACGUGAGGAUCUUCAGCCUGAAACACCGUGGUUUAAUCCAUACCACUUUAACCUUCAGUCUGUGAUAACUACGACGUGCCUGUCUGUCCUAUAGACCUGCAUGUAUUUAAAUAUGGGUAAGACGACAGGUAAAUACAUCUCGGCAAUAGACAGAAUUUGAAUUUUCCCCAAAGUGUAAUGUAUGUUAAACUUAGAAUAUGAAAUAAAAAAGUGAAUAUAUGAGAAAUGCA